AAAAAAAUAAUAGACGACCGUUUCGGCAACGCUCUGCCGGAUCAGAAUGUACGUUUCAUUUCAUGGCGUACAAUGCGUGAUCAGGACCGAGCCAAACAAAGACACACUUGCCCGUACCGUCGUGCUCUUUCUGUGCGUGACAAAACUGACGGGAGCCGCAUCUCCGCCGGCACCCGCGGCCGCCCCUCGGCAUCUAAGCUCGCCGUCGUCUUGUCCUGCUCUCUCCUCUCGUCGGAACCAACGCGCGGCUGGCCGGCUGCGUCCCUAUAUUUUAGGGAGCCCAACCCGUCUCGCCUCACCUAUCACCUACCUCCGUGCUGCACUUGUUUCUUCUCUUCUCGGUCUUGCCGACCAUUGUCCGGCCGGCGGCCUUGGUCGAUCUUGUGGCAGAAUCUCCGAGCGUUGCUGUUGUUCGCCGCCGCUGCCCUGCCGGCGAUGGAGGUGAGGAACAGGUACGUGGCCACCCGGCGCCACAUCGAGGGCGCCCCGACGGAGGCCGACUUCGAGGUGAGGGAGGAGACGGCGCGGUGGUCCCCGGACUCCGGCGAGGUGCUCGUCCGGAACCUCUACCUGUCCAUCGACCCGUACCAGCUCAACCGCAUGAAGCGGAGCAGCGCGUCCCACCUCGCCGUCGACGGCAUCCUGCCCGGUCAGAGGAUCGCGGCGUACGCGGCCGGCGAGGUGGUGGCGUCGGCGAGCCCAGAGUACGCGGCGGGCGACGUGGUGGCGGGCGUGCUCGGGUGGGAGGACUACUCGCUAUUCCGGCCGUCCCCCGCCGUGCUCAUGUCCAAGGUCGACGCCUCGGGGGCCUUCCCGCUGUCCCACCACAUCAGUGUGCUGGGCACCAGCGGCAUGACGGCCUACGGCGGCCUCUUCGAGGUCUGCAAGCCGGCCAGGGGGGAGAAGGUGUUCGUGUCCGCGGCGUCGGGCUCCGUCGGCAGCCUCGCCGGCCAGUUCGCCAAGCUCGCCGGAUGCUACGUCGUCGGUUGCGCCGGGACCAAAGCCAAGGUCGACCUGCUCAAGGACAAGCUGGGAUUCGACGACGCGUUCAACUACAAGGAGGAGCCCGACCUGAAGUCAGCUCUCAAGAGGUGUUUCCCCGACGGCAUCGACAUCUACUUCGAGAACGUCGGCGGCGAGAUGCUGGAGGCGGCGCUGGCCAACAUGAACCCGUACGGCCGGGUCGCCCUCUCCGGUGUCAUCUCCGAGUACACGGGCGCCGGGCGGCGCGCGGUGCCGGACCUGCUGGAGGUGAUCUACAAGCGCAUCACCAUCCGGGGCUUCUUCGCCUGGGACUUCCUGCCCAGGUUCGCCGAGUUCAACGCCGCCAUCGGCGAGUGGAUCCGGCAGGGGAAGGUGCAGGUGCUCGAGGACGUCUCCGACGGGCUGGAGAGCGUCCCCUCCGCGUUCGCCGCGCUCUUCAGCGGCCAGAACGUCGGCAAGAAGCUCGUCAAGCUGGCGUAGAAACAGGGACGGAGGCUAGCUGCUGACCGUGCCAGUAAUUCAGCACCUAUAAAGUUUACACGGAAUUGAUGAAAUUUUGGACUUUUGGCCAGCAAACAAAAAGUAAACAUAAAAAACAGUUCGUCCUGGUGCCCUUGUGACUAGUUAA